CGGAACGGAAUCCUCCCGGGAGCCGAGCUGGCUCGCGCGCUUGCAUCCCGCACCAGCCGCCGGCCCCGGGCCCGGCCCGCGUCAGACCGAGCCGCCGCCACCACAGCAGCAGCAGCAGCACUCGGGAAGCCGGGCCCAACCGGGGCCUCGGGAGGCGGGGGCGCCCGGGCCCUGGAUGUCCCGCAGCGCGGCGGCCAGCGGCGGACCCAGGAGACCUGAUCAGCAUUUGUCCCCAGCCCCUUGUGGGGCCUCGGGGCCCCCUGAAACCUUCAGGACGGAGUCAGACGGGGCGGGCACCAUGAACAAGUUACGGCAGAGUCUGCGGCGGAGGAAGCCAGCCUAUGUGCCUGAGGCAUCUCGCCCACACCAGUGGCAGGCAGAUGAGGAUGCAGUACGCAAGGGCACAUGCAGCUUCCCUGUCAGGUACCUGGGCCACGUGGAAGUGGAGGAGUCCCGGGGGAUGCACGUUUGUGAAGAUGCCGUGAAGAAGCUGAAGGCGAUGGGCCGGAAGUCCGUGAAGUCUGUCCUGUGGGUGUCAGCUGAUGGGCUCCGAGUGGUGGAUGACAAGACCAAGGAUCUGUUGGUAGAUCAGACUAUCGAGAAGGUCUCCUUCUGUGCUCCUGACCGCAACCUGGACAAAGCUUUUUCCUACAUAUGCCGCGAUGGCACCACACGUCGCUGGAUCUGCCACUGCUUUCUGGCCCUCAAGGACUCUGGUGAGAGGCUGAGCCACGCUGUGGGCUGUGCGUUCGCUGCCUGCCUGGAGAGGAAGCAGCGACGGGAGAAGGAGUGCGGAGUCACCGCUGCCUUCGACGCCAGUCGCACCAGCUUUGCCCGCGAGGGCUCCUUCCGCCUGUCAGGGGGCGGGCGGCCUGCCGAGCGCGAGGCUGGGGACAAGAAGAAAGCAGAAGCAGCAGCUGCUCCUGCUGUGGCUCCUGGCCCUGCCCAGCCGGGACACGUUUCUCCGACACCGGCUACCACAUCCCCUGGUGAGAAGGGAGAGGCAGGCACCCCAGUGGCUGCAGGCACCACUGCUGCCGCCAUUCCCAGGCGCCACGCACCUCUGGAGCAGCUGGUUCGCCAGGGCUCCUUUCGUGGGUUUCCUGCCCUCAGCCAGAAGAACUCACCUUUCAAACGUCAGCUGAGCCUCCGGUUGAAUGAGCUGCCAUCAACACUGCAGCGCCGUACGGACUUCCAGGUGAAGGGCACAGUGCCUGAGAUGGAUCCUACUGGUACCGGUGACAGCGACAGCAUCAAUGCUCUGUGUACACAGAUCAGCUCGUCUUUCGCCAGUGCUGGAGCACCAGCGUCAGGGCCACCAUCUGCCCCAACAGGGACUUCUGCCUGGGGUGAGCCCUCCGUACCUGCUGCAGCAGCCUUCCAGCCUGGGCACAAGCGGACACCUUCAGAGGCUGAGCGAUGGUUAGAGGAAGUGUCCCAGGUGGCUAAGGCCCAGCAACAGCAGCAGCAGCAGCAACAACAACAGCAACAGCAACAAGCCACCUCCGUGCCACCAAUGCCCACCAUGGCCCCCACCCUUCAGCCCUUUUCUGCCCCAGUGGGGCCGUUUGACACUGCAGCUGCCCAGGUGGCUGUGUUCCUGCCACCCACACACAUGCAGCCUCCGUUUGUGCCCGCCUACCCAGGCCUGGGUUAUCCACCCAUGCCCCAGGUGCCUGUGGUGGGCAUCACACCUUCACAGAUGGUGGCCAACGCCUUCUGCUCAGCUGCCCAGCUCCAGCCCCAACCUGCCACACUGCUUGGAAAAGCCGGGGCCUUCCCCCCACCUGCUGCACCCAGUGCUCCUGGGGGCCAGGCUCGUCCACGCCCCAAUGGGGCCCCCUGGCCCCCAGAGCCAGCGCCUGCCCCUGCCCCUGAGUUGGACCCCUUUGAGGCCCAGUGGGCAGCAUUAGAAGGCAAACCCGCUGUGGAGAAACCCUCCAACCCCUUCUCUGGUGACUUGCAGAAGACCUUCGAGAUUGAACUGUAGCCCAAAUUGCCCUGCUCCCACUCCGUCAGCCCCAGGUGUCCCACGCUCAGGAGGGAGGCCCGGCCUCUUCCCUAGUGUUGCUCCCUGAGCUGCACCCCUCAACGCUCCCUCUAAGCCCUUCUCUCCACCACCACCCCUCACAAACCACUACAGAAUCAAUAUUGUGAUGCCUAGGUUUUGCCAAGACGGAAUUCAGGGAUGGACCCAGCCUGGCUAAGGGAACCAUUUCACUGCCGGACUUAGGCUGGUGAUGCCCCUUCCCCAGCCCCAGACAUGGAAUGCCCUCUGUUCAAGCUACUUUCCCCAGUUUCUGUUGUGCCCUUCCACCUUCCAGUGUUGGGCAGGAUGAAGGAGGGAUGUCCACUUAGGGGCACUCCUGGGCCCACCUCAAGCCUGGUCCAUCCUCUCCUUGCCCCAUACACACAGCACAAGCUAAGGGCUUCCUCUUUGCCCACGCUGUGUUCACUGCCAAUGCUGUGCUUGCCCUGCUCCCCCUCCCCGAUUCGGGGGCCGUGUCUUCCGGAGGGCCGAGGUCUCACAGGGUGGGGCCCGAGUGGGGGCCCAGGAGGGGGGGAGGGACGAAGACGCUCUGUUACCUCAUGUCGGUGCCCGCUGGGGAGGGGUCCCAGGAGAAGAAGAAGGGGGUGCCUGGCGGGUACUUUUCUAUCUUUUAUUUCCAGAUUUUUUUUGUAUCUAAACUUGCAGAUUUGUAUUAUACAAGGACAGCCAAUAAAGGAAGAAUAUAAUGGUG